AUGUUGGACAACGUGGAAUUCAUCCAGACUCCUCUGGCCAAGACUCCCGCACCCGUGCUGGAUGCUUGUGGUAUAAAUACCACCGCCUCUCCUACCAUCAACAAUGCUCCUUUGCCUGCUGAUGGUCCAGGCAGUAAGCACUUCUCCAACAAGGCCUUGAUUGGAUUCUUGGUGUUGAUUCCUCUCUUUGUGACGCGUAAGUUGGGCUUGGGCUUCAAGACCUGGUUGUUUUUCGCCUUGUUGUUUGCUGUUCCUAUCUUGAUGGCCUACUGGAGCGUUGUCUCUUCGUUCUCGCCAAGAAUCAAUGAGAAGGUCAAGUUGCCAGGUAAGCCUGUGGGCCACUACUUGGAGUUCCACGACGAGGAAUUGAAGGCCAAGUAUGUUACUAGCAACAAUGGUCAAGGUACCAAGAUCCCAAUGGAGACUUUCCAUGAGUUGUACUUCGAUGGUAAGGUUUCCUUCAAGGGUGACUGUUUGGACAUUUUGGAAUACAGACACGACUGGUGUACCUUCCGUUUCACUAUUUCUCUUUUCAAGUUCUUCUUGUUGGGUAUGAUCCCUGAGGUGAUCAUGCACUCCAAGUCUCAAGACGAGGAGCAGGUUAGAGACCACUACGACCGUGGUGACGACUUCUACACCUGGUUCUUGGGCCCACGUAUGAUCUACACUUCUGGUUGUAUUAGCGACAUCACCAAGGAGGAAUCCUUGGAGGAGUUGCAAGACAACAAGUUGAACGUUGUUGCUUCUAAGAUUCAAUUGGCCAAGGGUGAGCACGUCUUGGACUUGGGCUGUGGCUGGGGUACCUGGGCUACUUUCAGUUCUUCUCAAUUUGGUGCUAAGGUUACCGGUGUUACCUUGGGUAAGAACCAAACUAAGUGGGGUACUAGCCUUUUGAAGAAGUACGGUGUUGAGUCCGAUCAAUCCCGUAUUGUUUGUUGCGACUACAGAGACACUCCUAAGUCUGAGAAGGCUAACGGUAAGUACGACAAGAUCACCUGUCUUGAGAUGGCUGAGCACGUUGGUAUCAGAAGAUUUGGUGCUUUCUUGGCUCAAGUUCACGAGGCUUUGGAGGACGAUGGUAUUUUCUUCUUGCAAUAUGCUGGUUUGAGAAAGACCUGGCAAUACGAGGACUUGGUCUGGGGUUUGUUCAUGAACAAGUACGUUUUCCCUGGUGCCGAUGCCUCUACUCCUUUGGCUUUUGUUGUCUCUGCUUUGGAGAGCGCUGGCUUUGAGAUUGUCUCUUGUGACAACAUUGGUGUCUCUUACUCUGCCACUUUGUGGAGAUGGUACAGAAACUGGAUGGGCAACAAGGACCAAGUUGUGAACAAGUAUGGUAUUAAGUGGUUCAAGAUUUGGGAAUACUUCUUGGCUUCUUCCACUAUUACUUCCAGACAAUCUGGUGCUACUUGUUACCAAUUUGUUUUGAGAAAGAACAUCAACUCCUACCACAGAAUCAACUACGUUCCAUCUAUGUACGGAAUCGUUACUCCAAGCAAGGAGGGUAUUAAGUGGGCCAAGGCUUAA